GGAGAAAAUGGCAGGACGUGGCCGACUAAUCACAGAGCCAAAAACGUUCAUCUCUAACGUAUAAAUUAUUACUCGGGAUGCUGAAUUCAGUGCAUGAGGCCUUCAGGUCCUGCUAGGAAAACCCAUGGAGCCAGACAUCAUGCCCUUGCACUCCUCCUCCCCUCCUCCACUGGAUGACAAUGGUGAUGGGGAGGCGGGAUCAGAGGAAGAUGAGUUUGGGGACUUUGGGGGAUUCUCUCUCGGGGGGUCCUGCUCGCCCUCUGGGUUUGCCGAUUCGACUGAUUCACCAUCCAGCCUCAGACAGCCUCAGCCAGCCACCCGCCAACCAAACUGCAGCUUUAAUCUCCCAGUCAAACAAUCCCAACCCACAUCUGCUGUGAACUCGGGGGGCGACAGGGGCCAAAUAGACAUAGAAGGGCAGGAUUAUAAUGCUGAAUUAUGUGUGCACCUUUCAAAUGGCUUUUCUGAAAGAGACCACAACUCUGGGGCCCACAUAGCCUCUGCAGUGGGCGUAUACUCUCCCAGGGAAGAAACAGGGUUUGCUGAUUUCACUGUGUUUACAGAGCAGCCAACACAUCCCUGGUGCUGUGGCUUCACUCCCUUGGGCAGCACAGAGCGAUGGGAUGGCAGAGCAGUCGGAACAAACUCUUCCAACACACUGGGUGAACAAAUCUGUGAUCCAGGACAGGAGGUUAUUAUGGAGCCCAGACCUCAUUGUGCACAUGAGGCAAAAGAUAAAGUUUGCAUUACGGUCAAACACUGUGAGAAAAGAGAUGCAGCACGCGAGCUACCAUUUCAGGACCAGCAUCAGCCUCAGGAAGCUGCAGCAGCUUUGGACUUUCCGUCUGAAGAGCCUCAUUCUGGGAAGAAAGAGUCCAGGAAGCCCGGGGACAGUCAGAGGGAAAGGAGGCAUAGUUUUAAUUCUAUAGAAACUACAGAGGUACAGGAGGAUGGAGAGUCAGGAGAAGACAGAGAAGAUCAAGAAAAGAGUAAAGGCGCUGCCCUCCAAACAUUCAGUGUGUGUGAGUCUGCUUCAGAGGCAUCCUUCUGUGACGACUGGUCAUUUGAGUGUCCUUCUGCAGACUUGGAACCAAAUGUUUCAUCUCUUGCUUCAGGGGAUCAGACUGACUGGGACGAGACCGAUGAUGAGGAACAAGAGCUGGCAAACUCCACUAAUUCUGACUCUUUUGCCAACAACAGCAUGGCAGAUCUCAGACAGUCAAAGGCAGAGAAGGGUUUUCAGAAUUGCGACCAAUCUGCGACUCAGGAAACUUCGACUACCUCCAACCAGUCACAAUCUGGAACAUACACAGAAGACGGUUUUGCAGACUUCAAAGACUGCAGUUUUGAGCACCACAGGGACCAAGAACAUGUCCGAACAGCUGAUGCAGGGGUGCAGAGUCUGGGAAACCUCCCGCCGAGUGAUAGCUUUGCGGAUUUCUGCUCGGCGCCCACGCAGGAGGAUGGAGAGCGGUCGUGGGCGGAAUUCAAGGACCAGAGGGCUCAGGAAGAGGGAAGGACUUGGACACAGUUCAGAGAGCAAGUCAGCAGCCAGCAGACUGAUGGGGGCACUGAGGAGGUGGAGGACGAGGACAGGGCAGGACAGUAUGGGGGUUCCAGGAGGAACAGCUGUCAGGCGUCGCUUUCCUGCCGUGUCCUGCAGCUUCUCGUGGCCAGUUUUCCGGAGGUGGAGGUCCCAGCUGCGGGGGGUGAGGAGGAGGAGGAGGAGGAGGUGCUCAGCCUUGGUGCUUUGCUUCAUGCCCAACACGUCCCUGAGAGAGAGGAGGAGGAGGUACCAGGACUCUGUCCCAGAUCUCAGUGGAGUCGGGGAGGGUUGUGGUGGCCACACCAGGACCUCCACAGUGCAGUUGGCCUCCAGUUUCAGUGGGGAGGUUCCCAUACAAACAGGACUCUGCUCAGGUGCCUCAGUGUGGACACAAAGAACAUUGUGUUCGUUGGCAUGAAGAAGCAGCCGCUGGCUGUACCUGCUUUUGCAUCCAGCCUGGGAAUGCUAGAGCCCACCAAAGACUGUGCGGCCGCUGUCGGUUCUCCAGCACACACAGCGGUCACAGCACCCCGGGACACACUGGACCCCUCAGCAGACUCAGUGCAGGAGGCGCUCCCCUCCAGCCAGCUGGACUGGAGCAGCCGUGGCCUUAGCAGCUCUCAGGACGGCUGCUCUGCUCUCAACCUGGAUUAUUUUGGUCCUGAAGAGGAGAGCAGAUCCUUCAGCAGCAGCAGCAGCCGUAGCAACAGUCCACCUCCAGGAGUUGAUCGCGAGCUGUAUGAGUUGGCCAUCGGCAAAGUGGAAACCAGCGCUAACACCAGCAACAUGGAGGACACUCUGGAUCGCCUCAUGUCCACUGCAGAGAAAACCAGCACUUCAGUCAGGAAACCCCAGCAGGAUGAAGAGCUGAGUGCAGAGGCUGGCAGGGUGAUCUCUGGACUGCCCAAUCUGUCCUUCAUGCAGGCCAAGGUCCUAAUGUUCCCAAGCAUCCUCGUACCAAAAGAGUGCUGUUCCCCACAACUGCAGUGA